AGUUGUUUUAAACGUGAACGCCAGGCGGGCCGGCGGUGGCGAUCGGGCUGUGUCCUCUGGUUCAGGUGUUCCGAGGUAUAGGGUGUUGCACGUUGUCGUGGUAUUUUAAACAUUGUGCUGCGCUGCAGUAAACUGUCGUCUUUGUGUGAAGAUGGCGGUGCUCGAAGAGUUGGGCUCAAAGUUGACAGAUAUCGUUGGUAUCAAAGUCGGCUUUCCUCUAUCGAAUGACGAAGAUCUUGUUAUGAAAGUAUACUCACGUCUGUGCCUUCUGUAUGAUGAAGCAUGGGAUUUUGAAGCAACGGGUAUUUCAUGCAAGCAAAUCCAAAGGCGUCUGAACCUGGUCGGUAUCGGUCACCUGUGUCCGACCGCGGCCGACGUGACGGACCGGCGCCGGCUGCCGCGGAUCUGGUCCGCCUUCGUCGGCCAGCUGGAGCAGAGGCACGGCAGCCACGGCCUGUACCAGCGCCUGCGCAAGGUGCUGAAGCAGCAGCAGAUCCUGGCGGCGAGGCGUGACGCGGAGCGAGACCGCUGGCAGCGGGGCGGCGAGGCGGCGCACGGCGCGGACCUCGCCGACGCCUCCGUCUGCUCGACCCUGUCGCACGCCUCCCAGGAGGCCGUCGGAUUUGCCAAGCCGCUGCCUCGCGCCCCGGCAGCGCACGGCGUGUUCAGCUCCGCGUCGCCGACGCGGGCCGGCCGCAGUCGGAUCCCGGUGCCGCAGCGGCCCAACGUCAUCCCGACCGGGCGGCAGCUGCCGGCCCACGCCGGCUCACCGGCCGACAAGCCCGUCCAUCGGCUGCUCUCACAGCUGGUGGUGGCCAACAAGCGACUGUCGGGUAGCGGUAAUCUGAGCUACGUGCUAAGCGAGGUGGCGCCAGUGCGCCGCAGCGUGGACGAGUCGCCGGAGCCGACAGCCGGCUCCAACGGCGGCACGCCGCGCCGCCGCUCGCUCAUCCCCGCCGCCGUGACGGUUGAGCAGGCGCUCGGCCAGUACAUCGAGGACCGACUGAACGUGCGCUUCCCGGCGGACGACGCGGCGCCGGAGCGCCAGGCGGCGGCGCCGGCGGUCGCGGCGGCCGGCCGACUGGACCUGACGUUCAGCGCCGAGCGGCCGGCGGCCCCGUCCCCGGCCGCGCAGACGUCCGCCGCCGGAGAGCCGGCCGACGCAUUCGAGGAGGAGUCGGCGCACAAGGAGAACGUCGAGCCGUUUGAGCUGGCCGAGAUGCGCGCCGCAUCAGAGGUGAAAAGCGUGGAUGGAAACGUGGAAACUAACCGAGACGCACGCAGAGGCACGUUUGAGGUCACGCCGGCUCAGAGCGGCGCGAAGCGGGACUCGGUGGCCGGGAUCGCGGCGGCCACGCCGUCUGAGACCCAGGUUAUGCGGGAGGGGCAGCUCGAAGUCCUCGCGCCGGCUGAUAACACUGAGGUCUGCACUCCGGCUGAGGGUCUGUCGGAGCCGGCCACGUCCGCGGCAGACCUCAAGACGGAUGCUGCGGACGUGCAUGCGGCACUGGCGGUGCCUCCAGAGAAGGAGGUGCUGCAGAAGCGGCGUAGUCGGGCCAAGCAGGCCAACGAAGAGAACGCUGCCUGUCCCUCGUCUGAGAUGCCAGAGCCGGCGGAGAUUCCGGAGGAGCAGGUACCAAAGAAGCGGCGGGGCCAACCCAAGAAGAACAAACCGGUUGAAAAUGAAGCUCCUUCGUCGGGACAGCCAGCACUGUCAGUGCCUCCUGAGCCGGACGUGCCAUUGAAGCGACGUAACCGAGCCAAGAAGCCCAAACCGAUCGCUGACGAUGAUGCUAACAUUACCUCGCCCGAGAUGCCGACACCGGCACUGCCAAUCGAGGAGGAGACGGAGAAGCGGCCUGGCAGAGCGGAGAAGUCCAAGCCUGAGGCUGAGGAGGAUGCCGCCAGUCAGACAAGGCUGAGGUCAGGGUCCGAGCCAGAGGUGCUUGUUGAGAAAGAGCUGCCAGAGAAACGACGCGGCCGAACCACUAGAGCCACGCCAGUCGCCGAGGAGGACGCUGGCGUCGCACUGAUCGAGCUGCCAGCGCCGGAACUGCCUGCUGAGAACGAGAUACCGGGAAAAAGGCGUGGCCGAUCCAAGGCCAAGCCGGUCGCAGGCAUGGUGCCACCGGGACACGGUGACGAGGAGAGCGCGUCGUCCGAGCGGGCGACGCCGCCUCCCGCGCAGGAAGCCCCAAAGAAGCGUCGCGGCCGGAGCAGGAAGGCUAAGCCGGCCGCUGACGAGGUGGCUGGGGACAGUUCUGUGGAAGGUGUGUGUCCGCCGAAGCAUCCGGACUCCGCCCGCUGUCAGCCGCCGCAGGCAUUGCCCGGCGAUGGCCCAGGGCUUGCCGGGAGGAGGCGCCGCGCAAAGCCUGGCAUCGAAGCUGACGUGGAGGCUGAAUCCGAGACUACCCCGAUCACCAGUUGUGAGGAGCAGGCCGAGGCAAAGGAUAUUGCCGUCUCCGGGGAAACCGGAAGAUUGGAAAGUUCUGGCGAACAGGUCCCCAAGUCCAAGAAUGCACCUCGCGUGACCCGCAAAGGACGCCAGGUAGCGCCGGAUGCCCCGACGACCGACGAGAUAUCGGCAGUGGCGGCGGCCGGUGGCCCCUCCGAGCUGGCCGCCGCGCCGCUUCAGGUGCGCGCCACCCGGCGGCGGACGCGCCUGGCCGUCGACGACGGCCAGCCAGAGCUGGACGCCGCGGUCGAGCUGGCUGAGGGCGACCGUGCACAGCGGCCGGCGGAGACGGCCAGAAGGCAGAGGUGGUCGGCCGGCCGCGCCGCGCCCUUCGGGCCAUGGAAAACUGCCAGUGACUAA